AUGUCAGAAGCGGACAAGUUCCUCUACAAGGAUGGCGGUAAAAUCGCCAAUCCCCUGGACCAGGCCGACUGGAGCUCCAAGAAGCUGGUAUGGGUCCCUUCUGAGACACUUGGGUUCGUGGCCGGCUCCGUCAAAGAGGAACAGGGCGAAGAGUGUUUGGUGGAGCUGGCUGACACCGGCAAGAAGGUCAAGGUGAACAAGGAUGACAUCCAGAAGAUGAACCCUCCCAAGUUCAACAAGGUGGAGGACAUGGCCGAGCUCACCUGCCUGAACGAGGCGUCGGUGCUGCACAACCUGAAGGACCGCUACUACUCCGGCCUCAUCUACACCUACUCCGGGCUGUUCUGUGUGGUGAUCAACCCCUACAAGAACCUGCCCAUCUAUUCGGAGAACAUCAUUGAGAUGUACAAGGGCAAGAAGAGGCACGAGUUGCCCCCACACAUCUACGCCAUCACCGACAACGCCUACCGGAGUAUGAUGCAGGACCGUGAGGAUCAGUCCAUCCUUUGCACAGGGGAGUCCGGAGCCGGAAAGACUGAAAACACCAAGAAAGUGAUACAGUAUUUGGCACACGUUGCCUCGUCCUUUAAGUCCAAGAAGGAGCAGGGUGUAUCAUUGGCACAUGGGGAGCUAGAGAAACAGCUUUUACAGGCUAACCCCAUCCUAGAGGCUUUUGGAAAUGCCAAGACGGUCAAGAAUGACAACUCCUCCAGAUUUGGAAAGUUUAUCCGCAUCAAUUUUGAUGUCAAUGGAUACAUUGUGGGAGCGAACAUUGAAACUUAUCUGCUGGAGAAAUCAAGAGCCAUCCGACAGGCGAAAGAGGAAAGGGCCUUCCAUAUCUUUUAUUAUCUGCUCUCCGGAGCUGGGGCAAAAAUGCGCUCUGAACUAUGCCUGGAGGACUACAAGAAAUACCGUUUCCUGACCUACGGGAACGUCACCAUCACCGGUCAGCAGGACAGUGACCUGUUUACGGAGACCAUGGACGCCUUCGACAUCAUGAGCAUCCCUGAGGAUGAGCGCAUAGGUCUUCUGAAGACUGUGUCAGCUGUGCUGCAGUUGGGCAACAUGAGCUUCAAAAAGGAGCGGAACUCCGACCAGGCAUCCAUGCCUGAUGAUACAGCGGCCCAGAAGGUGUGCCACUUGCUGGGCAUGAACGUGACCGACUUCACCAGGGCGAUCCUGUCCCCAAAGAUCAAGGUGGGCAGGGACUUUGUGCAGAAGGCCCAGACCCAGGAACAGGCUGAGUUUGCGGUGGAGGCCUUGGCCAAGGCCUCCUAUGAGCGGAUGUUCCGUUGGCUAGUGAUGAGGAUCAACAAGGCCCUGGACAAGACCAAAAGACAGGGAGCCUCCUUCAUCGGCAUUCUGGACAUCGCUGGCUUUGAGAUUUUUGAGCUGAACUCCUUUGAGCAGCUGUGCAUCAACUACACCAACGAGAAGCUCCAGCAGCUGUUCAACCACACCAUGUUCGUCCUGGAGCAGGAAGAGUACCAGAGGGAGGGCAUCGAGUGGAGCUUCAUCGACUUUGGCCUGGACCUGCAGCCCUGCAUCGACCUCAUUGAGAAGCAUGCCAGUCCCCCUGGUGUGUUGGCUCUGUUGGAUGAGGAGUGCUGGUUCCCCAAGGCCACUGACAAGAGCUUUGUGGAGAAGCUGGUCCAAGAGCAGGGUGCCCACCCCAAGUUCCAGAAGCCAAAGAAACUCAAGGGUGAAUCAGAUUUCUGCAUCAUCCACUAUGCUGGAAAGGUUGAGUACAAAGCAGAUGAGUGGCUGAUGAAGAACAUGGACCCACUGAACGACAACGUGACCACACUUCUAAACCAGUCCACAGACAAGUUUGUGUCAGAGCUCUGGAAAGACGUGGACCGUAUUGUCGGCCUUGACAAGGUUGCUGGCAUGUCCGAUGGGGGCAUGCACGGAGCAGCAAAGGUCCGUAAGGGCAUGUUCCGCACCGUGGGCCAGCUCUACAAGGAGCAGCUGAGCAACCUCAUGACUACCCUCAGGAACACCAACCCCAACUUCGUCCGCUGCAUCAUCCCCAACCACGAGAAGAAGGCCGGUAAGCUAGAGCCCCACCUGGUUCUGGACCAGCUGAAGUGUAACGGCGUUCUGGAGGGGAUCCGUAUCUGCAGACAGGGCUUCCCCAACCGCAUCGUCUUCCAGGAGUUCAGGCAGAGAUACGAGAUCCUCACUCCUAACGCCAUCCCCAAAGGAUUCAUGGAUGGGAAACAAGCAUGCGUGCUCAUGAUCAAGGCACUGGAGUUGGAUUCCAAUCUGUACCGCAUCGGGCAGAGUAAGGUGUUUUUCCGGGCAGGAGUCUUGGCCCACCUGGAGGAGGAAAGAGACAUGAAGAUCACGGAUCUCAUAAUCAGCUUCCAGGCCUGGUGUCGUGGAUACGUGGCACGCAAAGCCUUUAUGAAAAGGCAGCAGCAGCUGACUGCCAUGCGGGUGAUCCAGAGGAACUGUGCCGCCUACCUCAAACUCAGAAACUGGCAGUGGUGGCGACUCUUCACCAAGGUGAAGCCUCUGCUCCAGGUCACCAGGCAGGAGGAGGAGAUGCUGGCCAGGGAGGAUGAGCUGGCCAAGACCAAGGAGAGGCAGCAGCAGACUGAGAUACAGCUCAAGGAGUUUGAGGCCAAGCAGCAGCAGCUGGUCUCAGAGAAGCAGGCCCUGCAGGAACAACUGCAGGCGGAGACGGAGCUGUGCGCCGAGGCGGAGGAGAUGCGUUCCCGGCUGGCCAUCAGGAAGCAGGAGCUGGAGGAGAUCCUCCAUGACCUGGAGGCCCGGGUGGAGGAGGAGGAGGAGAGAGUCACCCAGCUUCAGACGGAGAAGAAGAAGAUGCAGCAGAACAUCACGGAUCUGGAGCAGCAGCUUGAUGAGGAGGAAGCAGCCAGGCAGAAGCUCCAGCUGGAGAAAAUGACCACAGAUGCCAAGCUGAAGAAGAUUGAGGAGGAUGUGAUGGUACUGGAUGACCAAAACAACAAACUCAUUAAGGAGAAGAAGCUGCUUGAGGAACGUGUCGCUGAGUUCACCAGUAACCUGGCUGAAGAGGAGGAGAAGUCCAAGAGCCUGCAGAAACUCAAGAACAAGCAUGAGGCCAUGAUCACUGACCUGGAGGACCGCCUGAGGAAAGAGGAAAAGGGUCGUCAGGAGCUGGAGAAGAACCGCAGGAAGCUGGAGGGAGACUCCUCUGAGCUCCAUGACCAGCUAGCUGACCUGCAGGCCCAAAUAGCUGAGCUCAAAGCCCAGCUUGCCAAGAAGGAGGAGGAACUAUUGGCUGCCCUGGCCAGGAUUGAGGAGGAGGCUGCCGCCAAGAACACUGCCCAGAAGAAGAUCCGGGAGCUGGAGGCCCAGAUGUCCGAGCUGCAGGAGGACCUGGAGCUGGAGAGGGCUGCCAGGAACAAGGCUGAGAAACACCGCAGGGACCUAGGGGAGGAACUGGAGGCCCUGAAGACAGAGCUGGAGGACACUCUGGACUCUACAGCAGCACAGCAGGAGCUCAGAACCAAACGUGAGACCGAGGUCAACCAGCUGAAGAAGGUUCUGGAGGACGAGGCCAAAUUACACGAGCAGCAGGUGGCCGACAUGAGGCACAAGCACAACCAGGCCUUUGAUGAGCUCAACGAACAGUUGGAACAGGCCAAGAGGAACAAGGUAUCAAUGGAGAAAGCCAAGCAGGCUCUGGAGAGCGAGAAGAACGAGCUGGCCAUCGAGCUGCAGAGUCUGACCCAGGGGAAGAAUGACUCUGAGCACCGCAGGAAGAAGGCUGAGGCCCAAGUCCAGGAGCUGCAAGUCAAACACACUGAGAGCGAGAAGCAAAGACAGGAACUGGCCAACAAGACGGCCAAGAUGCAGCUGGAGCUGGACAAUGUUACCAGCAUGUUGAGUGCAGUGGAGGGCAAGUCUAUCAAGGCAGCCAAAGACUUCUCAGCCGUGGAGUCUCAAUUGCAGGAUGUACAGGGGCUGCUCCAGGAGGAGACUCGUCAGAAGCUUGCUUUGUCCACUCGUCUGCGUCAAAUGGAAGAUGAGAAGGGCAACCUGAAAGAGACUCUUGAGGAGGAGGAGGGGGCCAAGAAGAACUUGGAGAAGCAGCUCUAUGCCCUUCAGUCUCAGGUGACAGACAUGAAGAAGAAGGUGGAGCUGGAGGGCCAGGCCUUAGAGGGAGCGGAGGAGGCCAAGAAGCGCCUGCAGCGAGAGCUGGAUGGUGUGACCCAACAGCUGGAGGAGAAGACGUCUGCUUUUGACAAACUGGACAAGACCAAGACCCGCCUACAGCAGGAGCUGGACGACAUGAUGGUGGACCUGGACAAUCAGAGGACCAUCGUCUCCAAUCUGGAGAAGAAGCAGAAGAAGUUUGACCAGCUCCUGGCUGAGGAGAAGACCAUCUCCAGCAAGAAUGCUGAGCAGAGGGACCGGGCCGAGGCUGAGGCCAGGGAGAAGGAGACCAAGGCCUUGACUCUCACCCGUGAAUUGGAGGCCAUGCACGCUCUUAAGGAUGAACUGGACCGGGCCAACAAAGUUCUCAAGGCUGAGAUGGAGGAUCUGGUCUCAUCCAAGGAUGAUGUCGGCAAGAGUGUCCACGAGCUAGAGAAAGCCAAGCGUGCCAUGGAUCAGCAGGUGGAGGAGAUGAGGACCCAGCUGGAGGAACUGGAGGACGAGCUGCAGACAACAGAAGAUGCCAAGCUCCGCCUGGAGGUCAACAUGCAGGCCAUGAAGGCCCAGUUUGACAGGGACCUGCAGGCCAGAGAUGAACAGGGUGAAGAGAGGAGAAAGCAGCUAGUCAAACAGGUGCGUGAGAUGGAGACUGAGCUGGAGGAUGAGCGGAGACAGAGAGCCCUGGCCGUGGCCGCCAAGAAGAAGCAGGAGCUGGACCUAAAGGACCUGGAGGCAGCCAUAGACAUGGCCAACAAAGGUCGUGACGAGGCUCUUAAACAGUUGAAGAAACUCCAGGCUCAGAUGAAAGAUCAGAUCAGAGAGUUGGACGACCUGCGUCUUUCAAGAGACGAGGCCCUCAAUAUGGCCAAGGAGAACGAGAAGAAAAUCAAAACCAUGGAGGGUGAUGCAAUCCAUCUCCAGGAGGAGCUAGCUUCUGCUGAGAAAGCCAAGAGGCAGGCCCAGGCAGAGAGGGAUGAACUGCAGGAAGAAAUUAACAGCCAUGCCACAAAGACCUCCUUGACAGUGGAUGAGAAGAGGAGGCUGGAAUCUCGUAUCGCUAAGCUGGAGGAAGAGCUGGAGGAGGAGCAGCUGAACACUGAAAUGGUCAACGACCGGUUGAAGCGAACCACGCUGCAGACCGAACAGCUGACCACCGAGCUGACGGCGGAGCGAAGUACCGCCCAGCGGCUGGAGGGGGCAAGGGCCCAGCUGGACCGUCAGAACAAGGAGAUGAAGCUGAAGCUCGGAGAGUUGGAGGGGGCCGUCAAGUCCAAGUUCAAGGCCUCUAUCACAGCCCUGGAAGCCAAGAUACUGCAGCUGGAGGAGCAGCUGGACAUUGAGUCAAAGGAGCGUCAGCAGUCAUCUAGGCUGGUCAAGCGCACAGAGAAGAAGCUGAAAGAAGUCUUGUUGCAGGUGGAUGACGAGAGACGCAAUGCGGAGCAGUUCAAAGUGGAGGCGGACAAGGCUAACGUUCGCAUGCGCCAGCUGAAGCGUCAGCUGGAGGAGGCAGAGGAGGAAGUGACACGGGCCAACGCCAACCGCAGGAAGCUGCAGAGGGAGCUGGAGGAUGCCACGGAGUCCCAUGACGCCAUGAACCGUGAGGUCACCACCUUGAAGAGCAAGCUCAGGCGCGGGGACCUGCCAACCAACUUGCCGUCCAACAUGCGCCGCAUCAUCAAUCGAACAGGAAUGGGGGAAAGCGACGAGGAGACAGACAUGACCGGUGAAACAUCCGAGCCCACACAUGAGUGAGCAUUACAGAGGAGCCAACAGUUACGUUGGCAACUCUGGAAAUGCUAAGUAUUACAGCAGGACAAUGACGUUUCAUAAAUGGAGCCAAUUCUCUAUCGCUAUGACUGUUACAGUGUCAGCCAUGUCUGCUCAGAUUUGUUUUCAAUAUUUGAGCUAUUUUCUUCAGGUUCAAUUAUUUUUUUCUGUAGUAGAUUUUCCAUAUUCAUAUGUAGCUAGGCAAAUUCACAAAUUCUAAGUCAAUACUAUUUCGCUAAAACCUAUAUGGGUGGCCAAAUUAUAUUUUCCUUAUGAAUUUUGCAUUCUCAAGAUGUUUAUACACUGCCAUUAUCAAUAUUCUAUAUUAUUCAGACAAAUUCAGCUUGGUUUGCUGUUUGUGGUGUAUGUUUAACCAAUAAGCCCAUUGUUGGUGUGGUAUAUUGUUAAUAAUGUACCAUGGCUAAUGGCGGUUUUUAUUCACCCUCUAAUUCCUGACUUUAGCCAUGGUGUAUUGGCAAUGUACUGCAACCCGAGUUGCCUGAUUGCAUUUAUAAAUUGUUUAUCAAUGUUAUUAGAACAUUUUUCUUUUUUGGUCAUGUGGUUAAUUUUUUUGAUUAAAUGUCUCUCCAGCCAAUCUGCAUCCAGGACCCCAACUACCCAGUUGGUAUUGUUGUGGUGCUAUCUGGUUGCUUUACCCAACUUUCACUAUCUUGUUUUGCUGUUUAUUUGCUGCAGUUAUGUUUCGCAGUUGGUGUAAUCCUGUUUUUCUUAAUUUUUCUUGCAGUAAUUCAGUGGUGUACAUGAUGUAGGUUUGUUUUUCAUCUGUACCAGUUUUAAGCACUAAGCCAAAAAUUUUCCCCACUUGUUGGCACAAAUACAAAAUGUUUCACUGGCUGCCCUUUUCUGUUAUUGUUCACCCCGGUAUAAAACUAGAGCCACUGAAUGAGUAUAAUAGCCUUAAAACGCACACAUGCUUUGCAUUGGGGGAUCUUAUUUUUAUGUUAGGCCUAUUGGUUUUUCCUGACUAAUAAAGAACAGUGAAUGGAUAUGUCCUGCUGAAUAAUGUCGAUCUGGUAGUGGUUUAGAUGAAAUGCAUAUGUUUUUGCCUUUGCACAUAGGCGGGAGUGGGAAUAUUAAAUGUUGGGUCCAUGUACUGUAUUUCUAGUCUCAAUCUUUGAUCUGUUGUCUUUUUGUUUGCUAUCUCUCAUUUUAAUAUAUUACAAGCUAUAAGAGACAUUCUGCACAGGAGAUAAUGGUGAAGAAGGCUGCUUUUGCUAAAAUGGCACACAGGUGUCAUUGUCUUAGAUGGGUUAAAUAAAAAUGUUUUAUUCAAUUUUUAUUUUCAGAUGCCAUGUUUCAAUAAAAAUUUAAAUGAGUA